AUGGGAGGGACAGACAUGGUAGCUGACAGGUACCUGGAUGGCAGACUUGAUGCUUGGACCAUGGUCUGUGCUGUAUGUGGCGCUGCGAGUGGAGCUCAGAUUAGUGAUGGGAUCUUCAGUUGGGGGCAGUAUUGUAAAGCACACCCCAACGUCUACCAGACCCUGAGUGCCCUGACCUUUGGGGUCUCUUCUGUUUCCAUAAUCUCUCUGGAAACUCUUGGGGACAUCCCUAGGCCUCAGUCUCCCCUCUGGAAAAUGGAGAGAUUUCCUCUAAGGGCCCUUUACCUGUGUGACUUAAGGAUGGAAAAUGUGCCUCCUCCAGGUCCCUGGCAGGCUCUGUCUUCCUAA